GUUUAGGCUAGCGAGUCCAGGGGUAUUAUUGUUGCGACAAUCCUUGCUAGGUGCACUAUAAGGUUAUUAAGACGGGUCAGACCGUGUAUUACGCAUAUGAAUGUAUGUAAACUUCCAAUUAAAAUCUCGUCUGUAUUAUGUAGAGUCUCAUUAUGUAAUGCUCUGAUACUGCUCAAACACCAUCAACAGGACGGUCAACAACCUAUCGGUCAUAAUAUGCGCCAGAAACGGAUUUGCGAGAAUUUCAAUCUUUCAUGCAAACACACCAAGAGUUUUCUUCAUCUGCCUCCUUCUGUACGGCGUCAGGUAUAUGAAGAAGCCGGUCUCAUAGUUGGAGCUGACAUUGUUCUCUGCCGAAGACCCCCAAAGAUAUGGUUCGAGGAACGCACCACAGAAGAUGAGGACAGACUCUAAAGCUGCACCUCAUUUGCGAUACGGGUAGCGAUGAGAAAACACGAGCCGUCUUGCAACCGCUCAACGAUAACUUGUACUUGCAGACUGUCAUAUCCGUCUUCAUCCGUCAAGGGAUAGUUCGCUAGGUAUUUACGGUAGCCCAAGAAACAGCAUUACGAGCAAAGGGGCUAGAUCACAAUUUACGAAACCAUUCCAAUUUAUGAAACUUCCGCCAGAACUUCGCCUCAGGGUUCUCAGGCAUACUGAUCUUGUCACCCCUUGUAACGAGGUUCAAUGGAGCCCCAAGAAUGGCUUCCACGUGGUACGCUUUGGGACCGGGACGCAUUGCUGUGACGCAAUAGAGGGAAGCUGGUUAACAGCAUCUUAUUCUCAUGCGUGGCGGUUCUGGACCUGCAAUCCCUCUCACAUCGAUACUACCGGAUCCUUUUGCUCCGCCCGUCAUAGUAGCUAUUCGUCUAGUUGCCAAUGUUGGAUUCCGCCAAAAGCCCUAAUGCUAGUCAGUCAAAGCAUGUACGCAUACGCUAUCGAGACUCUCUAUUCCUGGAACCGCGUCAUUAUCAUGUCGGAUCCGAACAUCUUCUGUUCCAAUAUCGGAUCGCAAGACUUGAGAAGGAGGUUGGAUAUCUCAAGAUUCUUCACUAGGCACAUGGAGCCAGGAAUACUCUCACAUCUGCGUAGUGUCGAGCUCGUAUUUCCUGGAUUUAGCACUGGCGACUUCUUCUGCCCACAGCCAACCGACCCGAUAUGUGCUGAUUGGCAAUUUGCGAUAGACAAUUUACGAGCCCAUGCCAACUUGAAUGCCAUGACGCUCAUCGUACAUAUGAGACUGUGGUUCGGUCCUACCGAUUCGUACGUCCGAGCUAUAGAUAACCGCAGCCUAUUCCAUCAUUAUUUGGACAGCUGUUACAGGAUGCCGAUCUUAGUAUUUAAAGCACACAAAGCUUUUCUAAAGCCAUUGAAAGCACUACGCGACGGGGGUCUACAACGGUUGUUCAUAUUCCUUGAGUGGGAUUGGCAUUGGUCACCCUCGCGAGGCUGCGCACCGCACUGUCUGGACUGCCAGGAUCGGGACGGGCUGAGUGACUAUGUUGAUGACAUGGAAGUAAGCCUAGAGAAGGAAGUGAUGGGUGAUGAUUAUGAUAGUCGUGCUGUCGGGAAGAUGGAAGAGUCCCCUAGUCAAUGGAUGCUGGUGGUUGAGUAAUAUGUCCUUUCGCUAUGCAGAGUUCGAAAGAGCAAAUACCUACAAUGUAUAAUUGCAUCCUUUUUCGAAGGGAGUCGGACAAGAUCUCGGUCAAGUCUUAUGUGAGAAUGUACCUUGCCCGACGCGGAAAAUAUUCCUUAAAGUUACUAAGUGAAGACUUGGUAUACCGAAGACAAGCUUAUACCCAUGGAUUUAUUCCAUCGCAGCGAUUACGCGUACAAUCCCAAGGGUGACCGAC